CUGAAGUUCAGCCUGACGUGUCGCCCCCCCCACACUGCAGUCAUUCAUUGAAAUACUGAGCAGUGACUGGAUCAUCUGAAACUCUUUUCAAAGCUCCUGUAGCAAAUUACUAAAACCUCAGGUUUCUGCUGCUGUUAUAUUUGGGCUCCUGCACCAUGAGGAAGGGCUCGUGCUGUAUGUAUGCCACUGGAAUCAUCAGUGCCCACCUGCUGAUCGUAGGAAUCGCGCUCUUUGUGGGCGGUGUCUUCCAAACCAUGAUACACAACAAGCUGAAAGCGGAGAUCAAGCUGACAGAAGGAAGUAAAGUCUUCGCCUCAUGGAAGAAUCCUCCCCCUCCAAUCUUCCUGGAGUUCUUCUUCUUCAACGUCACAAACCCUGAAGAGUUUCUGAAAGGAGAAGCCAAACCUCGUGUUACUGAAAUGGGACCGUACACCUACAGACAAUACAGGCCGAAACGCAACGUGACGUUUGUGGACAAUGGGAUGAAGGUCGCAGCUUACACACAGAAGAGUUUUGUCUUUGUCCCGGAGAAAUCUGUGGGAGACCCCAGUGUAGAUCAGGUGACAACCGUGAACAUCCCAGCUGUGGUGGUGAUGAAUAAGAUUAAAGGUGCAGGAUUCUGGGCUUCCACUGCUUUCUCCAUGUUCAUGAACUCCAUCGGCUCCACCAUGUUCAUGACGCACACCGUCAACGAGCUGCUCUGGGGGUUUAAAGACCCUCUUCUCACUCGACUGCGAACCAUUAAACCCGAGGUGGAACAAUUCUUCGGUCUCAUGUAUAACAAAAAUGGCAGCGACGAUGGCGAGUUUGUCUAUCACACCGGAGAGCACAACUACAUGGACUUCGGCCGCAUUUACACCUGGCAGGGGAAAAAGGUGUUGACGUUCUGGGGAACCAAUCAGAGUAACAUGAUCAACGGAUCAGAUGGGAGCGGGUUCCACGCGUUCCUGAGCAAAGAAGAGCGACUGAAUGUGUUCGCGCCUGAUCUCUGCAGGUAAACACACACAUAACCGGCAGAGCUCCAUCAUUAAU